AUGGCCUCAGCCCACACCACCCUCCUGCCUGCCUUCAGGCUCUGUCAGUGCAUACUUUUGGCACUCGGAGGGUCUUUCCCUUGUGUCCUCCUCCAUAUGGUCCACCAGAUAAGCUGGUUGAGAGCCCAGCACCAGAAUCAGACUGACUUGGCUUUGAAUCCCAGCUCUGCCAUACACCAGUUGUCUGACCUUGGAUCAGUUCAUUUGCUUCUUUCAGUUUCAGAUUGCUCAUCUGAAUGA